AAAGAAAGGACGUGGAUUAGUUCAGCUACACACAAGAGAGCAACGUGCGCAUGUGGAUGUUUCCCUGGUCCUAGGAGAAGAACAAACAUUUUGAAGAAAUAGACAACUGAAACCUCUUAACAUUCUAUUUAAGUGCCACUAAACUAAUACAGCAGAGGAUAUGAAGAGAGAGGUAAACGCUGGGGUGAACUUCCUUAAACGCUUGGCUUUGGAGCGAGGGGGGGUCGAUCUAACGAAAGCUCAACAGUUUGCUGGAAAACUGCGUCAGCUUCUGUGUGAAAGAUACACAGACCACUGGUACCCAGAAAACCCCAGCAAGGGACAAGCUUACAGAUGUAUCAGGAUAAACGAGGGAUUUCCCUGCGAUGAGUCUGUGUUGAGGGCGUGUCAAGACAGCGAGCUUAACCCAUCAGAACUGGGCCUUCCACGCGAGAUAACGCUUUGGAUCGACCCGCUAGAAGUCUGUGUACGGUCCGGGGAGAAUCGUCAGUAUUUCACAAUCGCACGUUUCGAUGAGGGAGAAACCGAAGAGGAGGUGGAGAAUGAGGACGACAAGCACAAUAAAGUAGACCAAGACGGUGCUUCUGGAAACCUCGACACAUCCGACUACCACUCCGCCAGCUCCUCCGACUGCGGGUCGGCUCUUUCUAGCGAUUCAGAAGAGGAAACAAAAGAUGGAGAGACGGAGGGAAGAAAAGAAAAAGCAGGGGAAGAGAAAGAGAAAGCAGAGAGCAGGCCUUUUACUAUUGCUAUGAGACCCAGGAUACGAGAGCCAAGAGGAGCACGGAAGGUCCCCAAAACUCAGAUCCCUGCCCUCCAGUACUUUUACCACCCUGCGCCAGUGUGGCCCCAGUACAAGAAGAAAGGCCCAGUGUUCCUUACCACCGUGUGUGCCCCGCCACCUGCCCCAAUGCUGGGAUAUUAUGUCGUCCCGAAGACUACCCCCCAGUUCAUCAUACCUCAUGCUUCUCUCCAACCCUGGGGUGCCGUGAAAGGGUAAGAGGCGUAACGCGUUUGCUCUUGGCCCCAGGGCCGGAGGGAGCGGUAAAGUCCACAGAAGCUGCUCUUACUGAACCGGAGUGAGUGGUCGAAUCUCGAAUCUUCUCGCAUCUU